AUGGACGCUGAUAUCUGCCAGCUCGUCGAAUUCCUACAUCAUGGAAAUACUCAGAUCAGGCAAAUCGCUUGCGAGCACCUGGUCGGCUAUUCCUCGGACCCGGCCAUCUUCAAGAUACACCAACUACUCCCCAUCCAAGACCUGAAGUUACUCGUGAGAGACUACGCCCCUAUUGCGCAAAAUGUUCUCACCAUCCUCGUCAACCUCAGUCAUGAUGCCGAGAUCCUAGACAACCUGGCCGCCGACGAUUCGUUCAUUGAGACGCUGUUGAAGAAGAUCACUAAUCCAAAAGAAACAGCCGCCAACGAGAUUGCCAUGCUUCUCUCAAAUCUGGCCAAGUCCGACCGUAUGGAGAAGCUGAUCACCCUCAAACGCUCUGUACCCGAUAAAUCUGUCUCCACAUCUCCAUACGCCCUCGAUCAACUAUUCGACCUGUUCGUCAAGGGCGCUGACGGCAGCUUAAACAAACACGCGGACUUCGACUACCUUGCCUAUCUUCUGGCCGACAUGUCUAAACACAAGGCUGGUCGGGAUCACUUCUUAAGCAAGCGAGAAUACGAUGGCGUCGUACCCAUCAGCAAGUUAAUGGUGUUUACGGAGCACAAAAGCCACAUCCGAAGAAGAGGAGUCGCCAGUACGAUUAAGAACGUGGCUUUCGAGGUCGAGAAGCAUCCAUUACUUCUGGCCGACGACACCGAGACUAUUGACGAUACCCCCGGUGUCAAUGUGUUACCCUACAUUUUACUACCUCUGGCAGGCUCCGAGGAGUACCCAGAAGAGGAAUCUGCAAACAUGCUUCCCGACUUACAACUUCUACCACCAGACAAGGCGAGAGAAAGUGACAAUGACAUCCUGACUACACAUUUGGAAACACUUCUCUUGCUUAGUACGACAAGGCCAGGAAGAGACAAGCUGAGGGCCGUCCAGGUUUAUCCACUGGUUCGGGAGACCCAUUUACAUGUGGACGACGAAGGGGUGAGGGAGGCUUGUGACCGGUUGGUCCAAGUCUUGAUGAGAGAUGAAGAAGAAACUGUGCGUGUAGAGGAGAUCGAUGAGGAUAAGAGAAUUGAAGAGAUCUUCUAG